UGAGCUGAACCUGAUCUGCUCCCAUUUCUAUUACCUUUCGCAACCCUCCUUUCUCAUUCUUUUCCGUCCCAUCACACGACAAUGGCAGAAGUCUCAGGAGCUGCUGUGUCGAUUCCGGGCGUUGUUGACUUCGGUCUUCAACUUGCAACAACAAUUCAUACAUACGUUGAAGCCGUUUGGGAGGCUAAAGAUAGGCUGCGCGAUGUUGCAAUCGAUAUCAACUCGACUGCGUCGACGUUGAAGCAGCUUCAAGCCCUCAUCGAUGCUGACCGAGUUCAAGUCACGAAAGUCUUCAAGGAUGAAGGCCUUCAAGAAGUUCGCGACUUGGCGACCUCCUUGAAGAAAGUCUAUUCUUUGAUUGUGAUCCUCUUGACCAAGGCUGGAACUCCCGAAUCAAGAGGAAAGGUCUUGGCCGAGUCUGUCAACCCGGUUGUAUUGAAUACAUCCGUUCUCACUCGACACAUGAGAUGGUCAUGGUUAGCUCCUCGUGGAAAGAGAGUCCAAGUCCAAUUGAGAUUGUUGAAGACUAAAUUGCUACUCAAUCUUCAACUUGCAAACCUCGCUAGAGUACAACUAGGUCUACCUGAACGACAACCUGGAAGCUUCCAGGAGGAGCUUAUACUUAGAGCCCUGUCGCUUAAACUUCGAAAGAAGGAACUUCGUUCUUUCAGGAACUUGGUGGCCAAAUACCAAGUUAAGGUCGAUGAGUCGGAUGUCAGCUCGAUCUAUUCUGUGGACAGCAUCAAAAGUGCCAGACCAGAAGAAGUUGAUGAUGUUAUUGUUAUUGAGGAAGAGAAACUUACAGAGUCCAAGAAUGAAAGGAACAGAAUGUCUCUGAGUCUGGUGAAUCAACUCCCUCCACGGAGGCUAACAGCGAGAGUACCGCUCCCACAUCAGUCUCAGAUGAAGCAAAGCCUGAAGUGGAUAAUUCGGACUGUGUCACUUUAGUUGACGAGCCUCAGAACGUCAAGGAUGUUGACGCUGAUCUCAAGAAGCCAGUGCCAGAUGAUUCUGUACCUCCACCCCCGGCUGAACCACUUGUCGAGGAACCAAAGCCAGAAGAGUCGAAAGAGAAAGAACAGCCAACGGAAGAUUCUGCUACUGAUGACAGCAAGAAAGCAGAUGAAUCUCAAUCUGCUGAAGAUCCGGCGAUAAGCCUUGAAU